GUGGAUUGUUUACAGUUCACAGUCUGCCAGCCUAACCCGGAAACAAAUACAAGCUGUGUGGACUUUGGCCAGGAACAGUGCUGACGUGUGUGCACAUGUACGCAUCAUGGCUUCUCCACAGUCAAGUCUGGGAGAACAAAUCAGGGAGGAACUGUCCUGUAGUAUCUGUCUGGAGCUGUUCACCAGGCCCAAAGUGCUGCCCUGUAUGCACACCUUCUGUCAGGACUGCCUGAGGGACCAUGCACGAGUUCGGCAGCCGUUUGAGUGCCCAAACUGCCGUCUACAGGGCACCCUCCCCACCCAGGGUGUCCCCGGGUUACCUGACAAUCAUCUAGUGGCAAACCUGUGUGAGAGGAUCAGUAAACAGGUAAAACUACCUGUGAACACACCUAAACAGACCCAGUCUGAGAAUAAAUGUAUCUUCCACCCCUGGGAGGAGCUAAAGCUGUACUGUGAGCAGUGUCAGCUGUCUGUGUGUACUGAGUGUAUGGGAGGCCUCCAUGCCGGCCAUCGUACAACAACACCUAAGAAGGCUUCACAAGAAAGGAGAGCAGCUGUCCAAGAACUAGUAUCAGAGGGAAGAAACCUUUUGGAAACCUAUUUCACCUUCUUAAGAAGCCUUAGAGACAAGGAGAAAGUUCUGAUCCAACACAGACAGCAGACGGACAAGAACAUUAACCACACCUUCAAUGAAAUGGUUCAGAGGUUAAUUAACAUGAAGGAGAGUCUGUUGUCUGAAGUGGACCAAACACACAGGCAGAACGUGACAGCUAUAGAGGGGCAGAGAGAAAUGGUGCUGACUCAAGUGUCAGAGCUGGCCGCUAUCUGUGACAGUGCUGAGGACAGGCUGAGACAGGGUGGUAUGGACCUACCAGGGCAGGAGAGAAGCCUCACACAGGUUAUCGGAAAAUACAGAACACAAGCACCUCUUAGCCUUGUCCACAUACAAACAAGGGCUGCUGUCUUUCACCCCUCAGACACUAGGAAGCUGGAACUUGGACAAGUCAGUCUCCAUUCUGUAAGGUCCCCCUCUAUAUCCACACCAACACAUCAUGCAACAGGACUGACGUAUGACUCAGAAUACCAUCUCCAAGGAGACCAAGAAAAGGGCCAUCACCAGUUAGAAAGGACAACCUUUGGUGGCAAAGGGUCUGAACAGGGAAAGUUUGACAGGCCUUUUGGGGUGACAGUGUCAGAGGAUGGAGAGAUCUUUGUCGCAGACCGGGGCAACCAGAGGAUUCAAAUCUUUACUCUACAAGGGACGUUUGUUUCUGAGUUUGAGACAGUUAUAUCCGGUGGACAGAACAUCUCUCCCCAGACUGUGGCAGUAGACACAGAAGGGAACCUGUGGGUGGUGGGGAACCAUGGGGUAGCUGACUUUGCUGUGCUGUACACCAGGGAAGGGAAGGUCCUGACAACAAUCGACCUACAACAGACCAGGUGGUCCCGGGGGGUUGCCAUAGACACCAGGAGGAACAACAUCAUUGUUACACAGACUAAGGGAGAGUGGGGGUUCUGCUGCGGAGAGGUGCAAGUCUUCAGGCCGGAUGGGAAACUUGUCAGAACUAUUGGAGAAGAGCAGGGGAUGAAGAACCCGGAGUACAUCACUGUGGACAGAAGUGGGAACAUCCUUGUGUCAGACUGUGAGAACAGUUCCGUCUAUGUGUAUGAUGAAGACACAAACUUCCUGUUCAGUUUUGGUGGUGAGGGAAGCAGAGAGGGUCAGCUGACCUAUCCCCGUGGUAUCUGUACAGACAGUUCAGGUAACAUUGUGGUGGCAGACUGGGGAAACAGCUGUGUCCAGUUGUUUGACAGGAGAGGCAGGUUCCUCAAACACAUCAACACGGACAUGAGGCAACCAUGGGCUGUUGCCAUGGCACCACACGGACAGCUGAUAGUGACUGACGAUGCCAACAACACAGUCACAAUUUUUCAGAGAUAUUAGACUUCAUGCAGUGCCCUAUCAGGAAACCAUUACCCCACUGCAAUAAUGACUGAUGCUAAAAAUAAUAUGGUUAUACUUUUUCAUACCUACUAGGGACUGUACAAUAUUUACUGGGGAAAGGCCAAGGAAUUUUUUUAGCUUGGGGGAAGGGCCAAUGAAACUUUUUUUGAGCUGUGGGGAAGGCAAUGGAAAAAAAAAUUUGACCUGGGAGAGGGGGAUGGAAAAAAAAAUUAACCUGACCGUCUGAUAACCAUCCCUCCCCUAGGUAAAUAUUGUACAGUCCCUGACCUACAUGCAGUGACUCUUGCCACAGUCAGUAACCAAAAUAUCUAAUUUCUAAUAUGGUAUAUUUUCUAAGUGACAUGAAACUUAUCAAAGUGUGACAUGAAAAAUUUUCCAUGAGAUUGUAAUUAUGACCAUUAUGUGUAUUUCCAAAAUGAGCCAUCUGAAUCAUCUAAAGUAGACUGUAUUCAUCAUGAUAAGUUCUGAAAAUAAAUGUAAUCUUCAGUAUAUCAAAAAUAAUCGAGGGGUUCAAGAGUUUGAAGUCUGAAAUAAUCUAUAGUAACAUGAUAUGAAUUAAUACAACAAGCCAUAAUAACCAAGCCUGUCCAAAAGCUCAGGGCUGGAAAUUUGACCGACUGGUACAUUUUUCUAUGUUUUCUAUGAAUUAAGAAGUACAUUAGUCCUAGUAUCUACAUCAAGUUAUUUGGAACAUUGACUGUACUAUUCAACUUCUACAUGAUUUUUCCAUAAAUACAAAUUGCCACUGAAGUUU